UUCCCACAUUUCAUCCUUUUCUUAAAAAAGACCUAAAGAAGCUUCCUUUCACCAGAAUUUGUGUGCAACAGAAUCUGAUAGAUUUCUUUGUUACAUUUCAUUAUUAGCAAAAAACAAAAAGAGUUGAUGAGAAUCGACCUGAUUGGACUCGAUCACCCAUUGUAAACUCUACCAAAGCUUCCUUCUUAAGAUAAUCACCUCAAAAAGUUUUUGUUGCAGUUGCUAAAUCACGAAAUAGAAAAGUCUUGGCUGCAAUUUGGUUGGACCCUGCCUCUUUAUCAACUUUCUUUGUGCGUAAUGAAUUCUUUGCUUUCAACUUAUCUGAAGACGAGCAAAAAAUAGAAAAGUAAACAAAAGCAUGGCACUAAAUGAGGCAACUAGUGUUCAGAAAUAAGAAGGAUGAUUGACGAGCAAGGAAAAAUGACAUCUAAACUUUUUUAUUGGUGAAAGGAACCUUCCGUGGGUCUUUUUUAAGAAAAUGAUGAAAUGUGGGAAAAUGAUGAAAUUAGGGCUCAUAAAACGUCUACGUGGAGGUGGGUCGGGUGGACGUGCACAUGUGGAGGUCUAUGUGGCAUAUUAAUACACACAUGAAAGGCCACAUAACUCUUCCGUUAAAGAGAAGGGUAAGUCUGGUCCUAUAGUAACACAAGAAGAGUAUUUUAAGCUGAAAAAUAUAUUUUGAAUAGUUGAAGGGUAGUUUUGAUCCUUGUUUAUAAAAUGACAAGUAAAGUAUGUAUUUAAGCACUCGAGUUUUCUACCAAAAAAAGUAGUACUCUGUAAAAACCUAUAUUCAUCAGAUGUAAAUUAGUGCUAAAUCCCUAAACCCAAAUCGCUGCAAGAGCAAAAAAAAAAAAAUGGAAGAAAAGUUGAGCAACAUCGAAAAUCAGCAAGUAGAUGAUGAAGAAGAAGAUGAGGGUCCACCACCUGGUUUCGACUCUUUAGCUGUACCAUCGCAAAACACCAAUGUUGUCAUAGAUGAAGAUGAUGAUGAAGGACCACCUCCAGGUUGGUCAUCAAUUCCUCAGCAACACAAUCUCCAGGUAACUUGUGAACAGACUACUGAUGUAGAGAUGGGGGGCAAAGAGCACAAAUCGGAAGACGAUGAAGAUGGUCCGCCACCCGGGUGGAACACUGUAAUCCCACAGAAAAAAUUGCCAUCUUUACCGCCAACAAUAGAAGCAGUUACUUGUGAUAUAGAUAUGGAGAAGAAAGAAGAAAUCAUUAAAAAUGAAGAUAAUGGUCCACCGCCAAGAUGGCAGUUGACCCCUAAACUACUGCCGCUACAAACAUCUACACCACCAUCAGGGACACAAGGAGCUUCUCUUGAAGAUAUAGAAAUGGAGAAGAAAGAGGAAGCCGUUGAAGAUGAAGAUAAUGGUCCACCGCCAGGAUGGCAAUUGACCCCUCAACUACUGCCUCUACAGACAUCUACAUCACCAUCAGGGAUACAAGGAGUGCCUCUUGCUGCUUUUGUAGACGUUGAAAUGGCGAGCAACCAGGACUGUGAUGUUGAAAAGGAAGGACAUCCACUGGGAUUAGAAUCCGUUCCUAUGAAUGGACAUUCAUCACCACCUACACCACCACCUCAGUCGUCAUCAUCAGUUGCUUCUUCUGAAAUGGAGAUGGGUCGCAAACAAGAAGGCACAAAGAAUGAGGAGGAAAGGCCCCAAAUUGAAAAGCAACCAAUGUCGCAUUUACUACAGAUGAAACCUAUAGUGCCUCAAGCCUCAUCACAUGCUGCAACAGUUUCUUCCGAAAUGGGUCAGAUGGUAUGUGGUGGUUGCCGACAGUUACUUUCUUAUCCACAAGGGGCUAAAUUGGUGAAGUGUUCAUGCUGCCAAACCGUCAAUCUUGUGCUAGAAGCUCAUGAGGUUGGACAAGUUAAGUGUGGGGGUUGUGCAGUGCUGCUCAUGUAUCCGUAUGGGGCCCCAUCAGUUAGAUGUUCCUCUUGUCGCCACAUGACAAAAAUUGGGGCCCACAACCGACGACCACCUCAGUCAGUGCAACAGCCUCGAAGAAGACAUCCUUCCUACCAAGUUCAUUAGCUUGCUUAUCUCGAUCUGAUUUUGGGGAAUCCAUCAUGUAGAUGCAUUGUUUAUAUGAAACUUCUGGGCUAGUUAGAUGACAUCAGGGUACUGCUUGCUUCAUGGCUUUGGCAUUUCCCUUGGCUUUGUAAAAUCUUUACCGUAUUAGAAAUCUGUAACAAUCCUUUUCUAUUUAAAAAUUCAAUAUGGAAUAGAGUCAAAUUUCUGAAUGUUGGUGACACUAGUUUUGGAAGUUUAGUUUCGCCUCAUCGAGCUCGGAACCUGGUUGACCAGUGUGCAAUUUGUAGGAGUGAAGACCGAGGACUUUAUUGCACUCCAUAAAUUUGCAAUGAUAUCUCUAUGUCUUGAAGUUAA